AUAAAUUUGAGACCGCAGGAAGAAGAGUUGCCAAAUUUGCGGAAGUUAUGCAAUCGGUGUGGGACAUGGAACAUGAUUAUGAGAGACGUGUCAAACAGUUAAUGCAAAGUAUUAUAGAUAGAAAGAAUGUUUGGGCCAAUUCUAAAUUUGAUGGAAGUUAUUCUGAUGCCAAACGUCGGUCUGUUGAAUUUAAUCAAUACAAAAGUAGUGAAAAACGCAUUUGGGUAUCCGAGAAAAGUGAUAUAGAUACCUUACUCGGUAAUAUUCAAACUAAACUCAAAACCUAUGAAUUACAACCAUACCAUCCGCCUACUGGACUGACACUAAAUGAUUUGGAUAAGGCUUGGCAAAGCUUGAUAGAAGCUGAAGCUAAACGAUACAAAGCUAUUAAUGAUAAAAUCAGAGAAAUCAAGGAAAGUUUACGCAAGACAUUUGCUCAGUCAGCGAAUGAUUUUCAGAAAAGCUUGGAUUCAAUAUCUCACUCGUUGACUGAAUUAGAUGGUAAAUUAGAUGCUCAAUUAGUGAAAGUUAAAAGUCUUUCAGCCAAGUUAGGUCCUUUGGAAAAUUCUCUUAGACACAUUGAGGAGCUUGAUGCACAAUGUCGAGAAGCUAAUGUUGAAGAAAACGAUUAUACAGUUUUCUCUAUUGACGAUUUAAAAUUCGAAUUGGGCCUUGUACAGCAAGCGAUCACUAAGAAAUCUUCUUUCAUUGAAAAUCAAAUGGUAGCAAGGAAUAUGACAAAUCUUACACCAGCUCAAUUAGAAGAAUUUGAAAGUACAUUCCGUCAUUUUGAUACCGAUUCGUCGAAUACAUUAAAUCCAUACGAAUUCAAGGCUGCUCUGGCUAGUUUAGGAAUAGUUUAUGAUGAUGCGGAGUUGAAUUCAGUGUUUGACCAAAUGUGUGAAGGACAAUCUGAAGCUUCUUUUGAACAGUUUAUCCCUGGAGAUAAACCUUUCGUAACAGAACUUGAUCUAAGAAGAUCAUUAUUACCAGAAAAUGUUGUAUCUUAUCUACAAGAAGCUAUGCCACAACGGGAAAGUGGAUAUGACUAUUCUAGAUAUUUAGAUCAA